UCGGCGGUAUUACUGCUUUCUGCCCAUCUUUGAGCGGUUUGAGCUACGCCCCGCCCCCUCCUACCUGUAAAUCUAUAUUGCAUUCACUGGAGCGAGCGGAUCUGACAGGCGCUAUCAACUGGCGGAUCUGCGCGAGUCUGGGCUGGAUCUAGGGGCACGAAUGGGGACAGUCAGUUGCGAAGGCGACAUCACCCGAGUGCUUGUCAUUGUAUGCUGAAUUUAGAAGGGGAAAACGCCACUAGAUUAUGUCGUUUGUGUUUUCGCAUCGUGGCAACAGUUUGGGGACUUGAAAUAUAUUCAGCCAUUCAAAAACCAUCGAGGCUAUCGAUUAAAUUGGCGUUUAGAAAAGUGAAAUCGAUUUUCCGCCGUUAAUCGACCGAAUCCCUGGAUGGAAGACGACUUGAGAGGUCGGACAGAAACUGUUUGAAGAAAACAUCAUUUUUUUUAUGUCGCUGCGCCUAUCAUAAUCUGAAACAACAUUGGAAGCCUCGACGGCUGCUAGAUGAGACAGACCAUCUUUGUCAUGGCAUUGGUCCUGAAAGACGCGGAAAACCUCUCAAAAUGAAAAGCGCUCAACGUUCGUCAUUACUGCGGAUUUAAAUGGCUCUCGCGAAUGGACACCGACCGCUAUUUCGGUCCAGUUAGUGCGUGUGGCGUUUUCGACUGUCGCGGAAAUCUGAAGUAGAUUGAAAUAAACAAACAAUUAAUUUGGUGCGUGUGAGAAUAUAGAACCCAUUUUUUUUUUUAAAGCAAUAUGGCUGGUGAGUGGGGCUGGGGACGCUGGCAUAGGCUCUCCAAGGCUCCUAGAUGCUAGCUGAGGCGGACGCCACCGUUCCCCAUGGAAGCGGCAACUCUAUGAUGAGUAGAAAUAACUAUCAUAACAAAAAUCCGGACUCCUCGAUCUCUAUGUCCAAGAUGGACGUGAUCAUCCCGUUCUCGUCAGACGUGCCCUGCGACAACAAUGGCCAGCGAAUGUGGUGGGCAUUCCUUGCCUCCUCCAUGGUGACGUUUUUCGGGGGUCUCUUCAUCAUUCUCCUGUGGAGGACCCUCAAAUACCUGUGGACCGUCUGCUGCCACUGCAACAUCAAAAAGAAGGAGGCCCAGAAGGUAAAUAACCCUGCUAACAGUCAGGCAGCAGACGGUACAACUAAGGGUCCUGAUGAGAAGGACGAAGUGCUCCCUGCCAGCGAGGUGGGCUGGAUGACCUCUGUGAAGGACUGGGCCGGGGUCAUGAUAUCAGCACAGACACUCACCGGCAGAGUCCUGGUCGUGCUAGUUUUCGCUCUCAGCAUUGGAGCACUUGGAAUAUACUUUAUAGAUUCUUCUGAUCCCAUAGAAUCCUGUCAGAAUUUCUACAAAGAUUUCACGUUACAGAUCGACAUGUUCUUCAAUGUCUUCUUCCUCCUCUACUUUGGCUUGCGGUUCAUAGCAGCCAAUGAUAAGCUGUGGUUCUGGCUGGAGGUCAACUCAGUUGUGGACUUCUUCACUGUUCCUCCUGUCUUCGUAUCUGUCUACUUGAACAGGAGCUGGCUGGGUUUAAGAUUCCUGAGAGCCUUGAGAUUGAUACAGUUCUCAGAAAUUUUACAGUUUUUGAAUAUCUUAAAAACAAGCAAUUCCAUCAAGCUGGUGAACCUGUGUUCCAUCUUCAUAAGCACAUGGCUAACAGCUGCCGGAUUCAUACAUUUGGUGGAAAACUCAGGGGAUCCUUGGGAAAACUUCCAAAAUUCCCAGUCACUUUCCUAUUGGGAAUGUGUCUACUUGCUCAUGGUCACUAUGUCAACAGUGGGCUACGGGGAUGUCUAUGCAAAAACCACCCUGGGACGCCUGUUCAUGGUCUUCUUCAUCCUCGGGGGUUUGGCCAUGUUUGCCAGCUACGUCCCUGAAAUCAUAGAGUUAAUAGGAAACCGCAAGAAAUAUGGUGGUUCCUAUAGUGCGGUUAAUGGGAGAAAGCACAUUGUGGUUUGUGGUCAUAUUACGCUCGAAAGUGUCUCCAACUUCCUCAAAGACUUCCUACACAAGGACAGGGAUGAUGUCAAUGUAGAAAUAGUUUUUCUCCAUAAUAUUUCCCCUAAUCUUGAGCUGGAAGCCUUGUUCAAACGCCACUUUACCCAGGUAGAGUUCUACCAGGGAUCUGUUCUCAACCCUCACGAUCUGGCCAGAGUGAAGAUUGAGUCAGCAGACGCCUGUCUGAUUCUGGCUAAUAAGUACUGUCCAGAUCCCGAUGCUGAAGACGCCUCCAACAUCAUGAGGGUCAUCUCUAUCAAGAACUAUUCCCCCAAGAUACGAAUUAUCACUCAGAUGUUACAAUACCAUAACAAGGCUCACCUGCUCAACAUUCCUAGCUGGAACUGGAAGGAGGGUGAUGAUGCUAUCUGUCUAGCAGAGCUGAAGGCUGGCUUCAUAGCGCAGAGCUGUCUGGCCCAGGGCCUCUCCACCAUGCUGGCCAACCUCUUCUCUAUGAGGUCCUUCAUCGAGAUUGAAGAGGACACAUGGCAGAAGUACUAUUUAGAAGGGGUAGCUAAUGAGAUGUACACAGAGUAUCUGUCCAGUGCCUUUGUGGGGCUCUCCUUCCCAGCAGUCUGCGAGCUGUGCUACGUGAAGCUGAAGCUGUUGCUUAUCGCCAUCGAGAACAAGUCGGAGCUGGGAGAGAGCAGCAUCCUCAUCAACCCGGGGAACCAUGUAAAGAUGCAGGAAGGAACUCUGGGGUUCUUCAUUGCCAGCGACGCCAAAGAAGUAAAGAGAGCAUUUUUCUACUGCAAAGCUUGUCACGAUGACAUCACAGACCCCAAACGGAUCAAAAAGUGUGGCUGCAAACGACUGAUUUACUUUGAAGACGAGCACACGUCAACUCUGUCGCCCAAAAAAAAGCAGCGGAACGGAGGCAUGCGAAACUCACCCAACAACUCCCCCAACAUGAUGAGACAUGAUCCUCUACUAAUCCCUGGGAAUGAGCAGAUCGAGAACAUGGACAUGAACAUGAAGCAGUAUGACUCCACAGGAAUGUUCCACUGGUGUCCGUCUAAAGAGAUUGAGAAGGUCAUCCUGACCCGGAGUGAGGCAUCCAUGACGGUGUUGAGCGGCCAUGUAGUGGUCUGUAUAUUUGGAGAUGUCACGUCCGCUCUAGUGGGGCUGCGAAACUUGGUGAUGCCUUUGAGAGCCAGCAACUUCCACUAUCACGAACUGAAACCCAUAGUGUUUGUGGGCUCGCUGGAGUACCUGAGGAGAGAGUGGGAAACCCUACACAACUUCCCCAAGGUCUCCAUACUACCUGGUACGCCAUUAAGUCGUGCAGAUUUAAGGGCUGUCAACAUCAACCUCUGCGACAUGUGCGUGAUACUGUCGGCCAAUCAGAACAAUAUCGAUGACGCCUCGCUGCAGGAUAAGGAAUGCAUUCUGGCGUCGCUCAAUAUAAAGUCUAUGCAGUUUGACGACAGCAUCGGGCUCUUGCAGGCAAACUCCCAAGGUUUCACGCCUCCUGGAAUGGACCGGUCAUCUCCAGACAGCAGUCCAGUACAUGGUUUAGCACGCCAGGCCUCCGUCACCACCGGCGCCAACAUCCCAAUCAUCACUGAACUAGCUAAACCUGGCAAAAUACUGCCUUUGGUUUCAUUCAGUCAGGAAAAAAAACUUGGAAUCAACAUACAAAUGAUAACUGAGCUGGUGAACGACUCCAAUGUUCAGUUCUUGGACCAAGAUGAUGACGAUGACCCGGACACAGAGCUGUACCUGACGCAGCCGUUCGCCUGCGGAACCGCCUUCGCUGUCAGCGUACUGGACUCUCUCAUGAGUGCAACAUACUUCAAUGAUAAUAUCCUCACCCUGAUCCGGACGCUGGUGACUGGGGGAGCCACCCCAGAGCUAGAGGCUCUAUUGGCAGAGGAGAACGCCCUGCAAGGGGGCUACAGCACGCCACAGACACUGGCCAACCGAGACAGGUGUCGUGUGGCCCAACUGGCCCUGUACGAUGGGCCCUUUGCCGACUUGGGGGAUGGCGGUUGCUAUGGGGAUUUGUUCUGUAAAGCAUUGAAGACAUACAACAUGUUGUGCUUCGGAAUCUACAGAUUGAGAGACGCUCACCUUGCUACGCCUAGCCAGUGUACCAAACGGUAUGUGAUCACCAACCCUCCGUAUGAGUUUGAGCUGGUCCCCACAGACCUGAUCUUCUGCCUGAUGCAGUUUGACCACAAUGCGGGCCAGUCUCGGACCAGCCUCUCCCACAGCUCCCACUCCUCCCAUUCCUCCAGCAAAAAGAGCUCGUCUGUCCACUCCAUCCCCACAGCCAACCGGCAGAACCGCAGCAGCAAGCCCCGGGAGGCCAGCCACAAACAGAAUGCAACAAGGAUGAAUAGAAUGAGCCAAGAAAGGAAAUGGUUUACAGAUGAAGCAGAAAAUGCCUACCCACGGAACAUUCAGAUCAAGCCCAUGAGCACUCACAUGGCCAACCAAGUCAACCAAUACAAAUCCACUAGCAGUCUGAUACCACCAAUCAGAGAAGUUGAAGAUGAAUGCUGAAUGCUGAAAACCAGGCCCCCUUGAUGACUCGUGAGAAGUCUGGACGCUCUUAUGAAAGGAGAUGAUGAGAGAUGGCGAACGGGGAUGAUGAUGAUGAUGAUGAUUCAAUGGUCCCCACUCAUUCUACAGAUCAAGGGUUUCACAUAAACACCACAACUGGAAGGGGCCUCCUAUGUGUAUACCUGUAAUGUUACUUCCAUGCUCUUCAAUGGACAAUGUUUUAUUUAUCAAUCUUCCAUAGAGUUGUACAUAAUGACAAUCUAAUAAGGAUUGUACAGCCCCUCCCCCUUAGCACUUUUUGAAAUGAUUUGAAGUUGAAAAGAGAAGAUUAAGUACUUCCUGUAAUUAUUUGCAAUAGUUCACCACCUCUUCGUGUGACCAGACUCCAUGGCUACUGUAGUUGAGGUUACUACUUGUUAUUGGAGGAUGAGGGUCACGGCAGUUCACUCAUCACAUCUCCCAAAGACGCCAUUGGGGCUGACCGCUCAUACACACCGUCUGUUUCGGUUCUAUUUGCACUAAAACUGAUCACGUUAUUUUGCAACACGACAACGUGAAACAUUGACAUCUCCCCAAAAACAACACCCAUCACAGAAAGUCUCAACUUUUUGGUUGUUGAUUUGUUGAACGAGAGAAAAGCUGCUUGUCAUUUGGAGAGAUGUACAACUGUACUGUGUAAAGAUCCAUUACAUCACUGCUUAGGGUAUGCUACUGUAUGUCAUCACGCUGUUGAGUAAUCAUCUGAAUGAAUGAAUUCCAGUCCUGCAGAAUGAGAUCAUAUUGUAAAUCAGUUGUCUUGAGACUCAGAGUACUGUAAGAGACAGUUCUGGGAUAAGCUGGCUGACAGUAUAUAGCUACACUGUACCUACAUCUGUUCUGGUGAUAUCACAAUGGAUAUGGAUCAUAAUGAUGUCUUUGACCGUGUUUCAAGCUCAUAUCAUCGCAUGGUGCCUGAGCCCUUUUAUAACAAUACAGCACAGAUGAUCAACUUAACCUGAAAACAUGAAAGGGGUGAAUGGACAACCUUGUCAUAUCCCUCAUGUGCAAACAUGAAAGGGGUGAAUGGACAACCUUGUCUCGUCCCUUGUGAACACAUAAAUGGGGUGAAAGGACAGCCUUGGACAGCCUUGUACACAUCUUGCAUAUGACAUGUGUGUACUGUACGUGGCAGCAAUGUGUCCCCUCAGUAAAAACAUCUGAGUUAAUGUCAUCCUCUCUCCAUCAGUGUGUCUGUGAUGGUGGUUCAGCCUCUGAGGGAGCAGCAUGUGGGAUCAAGACUUCAAACAUGAAAGACAUAGAGGAACUAGCUCUGUCUGUUGGUUGCAGAUCAACUAAUGAACUAAGCAAAUACUCACCAUCAUGCCCAGUCACAUCACCGAUAAUACACCAUCUAUGAUUGAGCUGAAUAAAUGUGAACAAACAUUAGCUGUGUGCCCUAAAAAUGUAAGGGAAGCAUUUAAGCCCAAACCUUCUUUGCCAUGUUAUCUAUGGCAAAAAUUGGGAUUUAAGAACAAAAGAAUAAGCAUAUCAUUUAAAUGUUUUUUUGUCUGUUGAGAAAUGUGCCACAUCUUGAGAAAUGUAAUGCCACAUAUUGCGUAAAAUGGGCAUCAGUGGGUCCUCCUUUGACCAGAGCCACCACUGCCUGGCACAGGGUUGGUAACAGAGGCAGCAAAGAGCUUGGAUGUUCUCCGCUGCCAAUCCUAAUGUCAUCAUGACACUUCUAAAUACUAUAUAGGUAAACAUUAAGGGAAAAGCUCAAUCAUAGUUUUGCCACUGAUGACUAUGAAGAACACUGGAGAAUACUGCAUGUAUUCUUCAUGUCAUCCUGGUCAAGGCGCAAUACAAUGCAUGUUAAAAAUUGACAGUUUCUAUUUGGUUUUUGAUCCAAAGCAACCCAGACAGAGCUGCAGCCUUGGGGAGGAGAGGGUAGGGUUCACAGAUGAUCCAACUAAAAACUUAACCUGGAUACUUUAUACAUACAAAUAUGAUUAUUUUAUAUUCAUAUGAGCAUAAUCAUUUUGUACUUAUUUUUACACAUGACGUAGUGAGAAAAAAUGUAUGAAAGCAAUCCAUUGUUAUCAUUAUUAGGCCUAUAAUUACAUAUCAGAUUAUUUUAUUUCCAAAUUAAUCGCUGUAUUUAACAUAAUCAUACCAAAAUGAUUCAUUUCAAUUCUGAAAUGCUUAUAAUUAGACAUGCAUCAUUGAAGAAAAGUAGAAGUCCCCUCUUCUCUUAUCCCUGAUAAAGUAUAGUGAUUAAGGGCUCUAUUCAAUCUGUAUCGCAGAAGUUCAACAUUACAGUGUGAUUGAUAUUUAAAGGCAAUGUUCCCACUUUAGCAGAGAAUGCAUUCACGAUAAAUGCUGCAUAUGUCCAGCGGUAGAAAAAGUACCCAAUUGUCAAGAUACCUUAAUAGAAAAUGACUCAGGUAAAAGUGAAAGUCAUCCAGUAAAAUA